CGCGCCCUCCGGUGCCUUCGGGCCGCCCGCGCGCUGUGGCGCAGCAGGAAUUGGGUCGCGGCCCGAGAGCUAUUCGCGGCUCCUGACGCGGCGGCGGCCCCACGGCGCUGAGCUCAGCGCUAUUCUCGGGCUCCGGGGCACCGUGCCCGAGGGUGUGUCUCCGAGCCGGGCUCGCUGCUAUAAGCGGCUGCGGCCGGCCGGGGCCAUGCAGCUCUACAGCAGCGUGUGCACCCACUAUCCUGCGGGCACGCCGGGCCCCACGGCCGCCGCGCCGCCUGCCGCUGCCACAGCCUUCAAGGUCUCCUUGCAGUCAACCGGCCCCGCCGCCUCCUCCCCGGAGCCGGAUACCGGAGAGCACCCACCCGCCGCGGCCGCCGAGCCACGCGAAGCCGCAGCUGCCGCCUCCGCCAUGCCUGCCUUCUCUGCCUGCUUCGAGCGGUCCGGGACCGUCGCCGCCGCUAGCGCCCAGCCCGGCGCGUCCUGUAAGCCGCCGCUGCCGCCGCACUUCACGUCCACAGCGCACAUAGCCGUGCGGGCACUUGGCGCCGAGCGCCUCCUGCUGCCGCCCCCCGCGGCCCCCGCGCCGCCGCGUCGGGGUUCCUCCGCCUGGCUGCUGGAGGAGCUGCUCCGGUCGGACGAGCCCGCGGCCCCGAACGCCGCCCGGGACGCGCCCGACAGGAACUUCCGACUGAGCGAACAUCGCCAGGCCCUGGCGGCCGCCCAGCACCGGGCUCCUGCUCCUGCCCCGGCCCCGGUCGGCGCUGAGCCGGGCCCCGGCCCCUGGAGCGAGGAGCACCGGAGCGAGCGGAGUCUCCGAGGUUGGGACCGGGCGGGCGGUCGUAGCGACGCCUCCGGGACCGACGCGCACCGGCGGCACGAUCCCGAGGCCGAGGCUCACCCCGUCCCGGCACCCGCACGGGGCAGCGGCGAGCCGGGCCAGAACGGUGCCGGCGAAGCGGUGGGCGCGUCCCGGGCGGAUCCCAGAGACGAGAAGCUAGCCUUGUACCUGGCCGAGGUGGAGCGGCAGGACAAGUACCUGAGGCAGAGGAACAAGUACCGAUUCCACAUCAUCCCCGACGGCAACUGCCUCUACCGAGCCGUCAGCAAGACGGUGUACGGGGACCAGAGCCUGCACCGGGAGCUGAGGGAGCAGACUGUGCACUACAUCGCGGACCAUCUCGACCACUUCAGCCCCCUCAUUGAGGGCGAUGUGGGGGAGUUUAUAAUCGCUGCUGCCCAAGACGGGGCGUGGGCCGGGUACCCCGAAUUGCUGGCCAUGGGGCAGAUGCUCAAUGUGAAUAUACACUUAACUACUGGAGGGAGGCUGGAGAGCCCCACCGUGUCUACCAUGAUCCACUAUCUGGGCCCAGAAGAUUCUUUAAGGCCUAGUAUUUGGCUCAGCUGGCUCAGCAACGGACACUACGAUGCUGUUUUUGACCACUCCUAUCCUAACCCAGAGUAUGACAAUUGGUGUAAGCAAACCCAAAUGCAGAGAAAGCGCGAUGAAGAACUAGCCAAGUCUAUGGCCAUAUCCCUGUCCAAAAUGUAUAUAGAGCAAAACGCAUGCUCUUGAAAAUUCUGAGGACCUGACAAGCCGGGGGAAAUGGAGAGUAGCAGUUGUGUUGGGAGAACCACACGGACUCUUGUUUAGGGUAAUGGCACUUUUUCAACUUCCUAGUAGAUUGGCUUUAGGUGUAAUGCCUUAAUCAAUUUUUGAAUGUUCUCUCUCAGAGCCGCAGGUUGCUGGGCACCUGAAUGAUGUUUCCCAAAUAGCUUUGGGUGAGCCUACUGCUAUUUAUAAUUUGCUGUAUAAAGUGAGCGCUACUUAAUUUGUAAGCUGAUGUCUCACGGUAUGAAUUUGUUCAUUCCUGGUAGUCUAUUUUCUAUAAAAAUGUAUUUUUGCACAUUUUUAAAGAUGGGUGUGUACUUUCCUCUAUGACGUGUUCCAGUUGCAAGAAACAGCUUUUGAGCAUAAUCCAGAGAAGUGCUUUCUAUGAAGUUUAUUUCAAAGCAGUUUGUGAUUUAGUAGUUUACAUUGCUGAACUGUUUCACAACUCUUAAUUAUUAUUUCAAAUGGAUAUUGACACAUUAUGUUACCAGAUGAUUAGCCCAUUCCAUUUUGAUGAAACAAGCCGACUUGUUGUUUGGAGGAUAAGUUAUUUUAUUUUAUUUUUUUAAGAAAUGGCCGGCUUUGAAGACAGUUCACGAAGGCAUAGCUUUGGAACGAUUUUUUUUU